AUGGGCUGCGCCACUUCGAAGCUCGACGACUCGCCGGCGGUCGCUCUGUGCCGCGAACGCUGCGCUUUUCUCGACGAGGCUAUUCAACAGCGUUUCGCCUUCGCAGAGGCCCACGUGGCCUACUUCCACUCCCUCAAGUCCGUCGGCCUCUCUCUCGACCGCUUCUUCAGCCAAGAUCUCGGUGGUUCUUCUAGCGGCCCGCCCUCCCCUGUUCUCAAUCUCCCGGCUAAGCGGAAGGGGGACCCACAUCCUCCGGAGCCGUCCGGUUCCCCGCCGGAGAAGAUCCAGCACCACCUGGACUCCAGCUCCGAUUCCGGUUCGCAUCUCCACUUCCACUCGGACGAGUCGGACAAUGAGGAUGGAUCCGGUUCGGAGUCCCUGCAUCAUCCCGAUGAGGUCGGCCCGCCGGUCCAGCACCAGCCACCGCCGUACCUCCCCUUCGGCGGCUAUUUCCCUGGUUACAAUAAUCUUAACAUGAAUCUCCCCGGUCCCGGCGGCGGCGGCGGGUUUAUGAAUAUAAAUUACAUGAGGAGCCAAACGACGCCGUCCAUGGUCUACACACACCGGCCCAUGAGCCCCGAGACGAUGCAUAUGACUGAAUCCUCUGCUCCUUCAUCUUCGUACUACUCUUAUCCUAAUACUCAGAGCUCUAAUCCUUCUUAUCUCAUGUAUAAUUCCAAUAAUAAUUACGGGGAUUAUCCGAGUUACCCUCCCUACGGCGCCGGAGGUGGAUUCUGGGGUGGCUCUUCUUCAUCUGCUCCGUCGGGGGCUUCAACUUCUAAAGUACCGCCACCUCCACCCGCGCCCCCGAGCUCCACUACCUGGGAUUUUCUCAACCCGUUUGAGAGCUUCGAGAAAUUUUAUCCCCCUUAUACCCCUAGCCGGGAUUCAAGGGAGGUGAGAGAGGAAGAAGGGAUUCCGGAAUUAGAGGAUGAUGAAGAUGAAGUUGUGAAGGAGAUUUAUGGGGACCGGAAGUUUGUGGAUAGCGGGAGAAGCAGCCACUCGAAGCCUGGGGUAUCCGAGGAAGAUGCUCGGGUCGCGAAGGAGGCUGAGUUACAGUAUAGAGCAAGGCCGAACGUGGGGAAGGAGAGUGAGCCCCCUGUGGAAUAUGAAGUUCAUAUGGUGGAUAAAAAGGUUGUUGAUUCAGAGAAGUCGAAGGAUCAGGGGAAUACAGCACCGCGUAGUGGGUUCAAGGGGGAUUUGGAUGUCCUUAGGGAGAUUCAAGUUCAGUUUGAGCAUGCUUCCGAGUCCGGAAGUGAGCUGGCUAAGUUUCUUGAGGCCGGGAAGCUUCCUUAUAAGCGAAAACAUGGCGGCCAUCAUGCAGUUUCUUCCAAGAUGUUGCAUUUAUCUUUGGUGUCCUCCCAAUCUUCGACAUCUAAAAGUUCCGGCGGUGCUAAUCCGGACUUGUUAGACAUCAACCAAGAAUUAGAGCUUAGGUCCAAGAAUCUUUCCUCUACCUUACAUAAACUGUACCUCUGGGAGAAGAAACUGUACGAAGAAGUCAAGGUCGAAGAAAAGAUGAGAGUCCUCCACGAGCGCAAGUCCAAAAAAUUAAAGCGCUUGGAUGAAAAGGGUGCCGAGGCUCAGAAAGUAGAUGCAACCAGGACUUUAGUCAAGAGCUUGUCCACAAAAAUUAGAAUCGCGAUUCAGGUAGUUGAUAAGAUAUCUGUUAAGAUAAAUACCUUGAGAGACGAGGAAUUGUGGCCACAGCUCAACGAAUUCAUUCAAGGGUUGACUAGUAUGUGGAAAUCGAUGCUCGAGUGCCACCACUCCCAGUGCCAAGCCAUGGCCGAGGCCAAAAGACUCGACUCCAUUGCUCUUCGUAAACACUUAAACGAUGCGCAGUUCGAGGCAACCCAACAGCUCGAGCACGAUCUUGUAAACUGGACCCUGAGAUUCUCAUAUUGGGUCGGGGCCCAAAAGGGCUACGUUCGGGCCCUACACAGCUGGCUCAUGAAAUGCUUACUCUACGUUCCGGAAGAAACUCCUGAUGGGAUAGUCCCCUUCUCCCCCAGCCGUGUCGGGGCACCCCCAAUAUUUGUUAUCUGCAACCAGUGGUGGCAGUCUCUCGAGCGAGUCUCUGAAAAGGAAGUGAUCGACUCCAUGCGUGACCUGGCAUCGAACGUGCUCCAGCUGUGGGACCGGGACAAGGCCGAGAUGAGGCAGAACAUGCUCGCCAAUAAAGACGAGCGGAAAAUCAAGAAUCUUGAUAAGGAGGAGCAGAGAAUUCAGAAGGAGAUUCACGCGCUCGACAAAAGAGUUCUUCUAAGUUUGGGAGAUGAUGGCGGGAUGAUGCUGACUGGACAUGUCGUGUACGCUAACGAGACUUCCAAAGAGGGGAGCUUCCAGUCGAGCCUGCAGCACGUGCUCGAGGCUAUGGAGAGGUUUUGCGCGAGCUCAGUUAAAGUGUACGAGGAUUUGUUGCAACGUAUUGAGGAAGAUCAUCUCGCCCGAAGAGAGCGAAAAACGGAUUCAUAG